CAAUGGCGUCCGUACCGGGAAACGUCGUCUGCAAGUUUUCGCCGGCCGGCACCAGCAGCAGUACAUCGCAGCGCAAGUUGUUCAGUUACAACGACGUCGUAUCCUUAUCCAAAAAACAACUCAAGGGCGUGUGUCGACAGAAGAACAUCGUAGAUUUAGACCAUGGUAAAGCAGCCUUGCAAGUCUUGGUAUGUGAAUUGCUGGGUAUUUCCACGACGGGGAAAGGAGUGCGAGAGAAGGCAGAGCCGAGGAGAAAACAGCACGGGUUGGAGCCAGACGUGUUGCAGGAACUUGGGAAGAUGACAUUUGCGUGGGCCUCGAGACUGACGGGGUUCACUAAACAGCUUCACAAGUGUCCAGAGAUCGACGACGCAAAAGUAAAGGGCUACCUCCUAGACACCAGCUGCAUCACUCCUGAAAUGGCGAGGAAGUAUAAACUGACAAGGUCAUACCAACUAAAGCACAUGAUUCAUUCAGUGAAGUUUAACGAGUUACCAUCAUCAGUACACCUCUGCGUGAUUAAGGGAAGAUGCAACCUUUCCCAGUCGACAAACGAAGACGAUGUGAAGUCACUGUUUUGUGUUCUUGAAAAAGAAAGAGGCACCCCUGCAGGGGGCUUCUGCUCAUGCACUGCUGGUCAAUCCCAGUCAUGCGGUCAUAUUGGGGCUUUGCUGUUUACAGUUGCUGACGUCAUCUCAUCAGUGGGUUCGGCACUACCACCUGAUGCAACUUGCACAGAUGUGCCAUGCUACGGGGGGAAAUCCUAA